AUGAGCGGAUUAGUACUGGACAUCUUUGUACCGCCAAAUACACGUGGUCGCAUUUCGAUAACAGUUGUGGAAGCAAAACUGGUCAAAAAUUAUGGCUUGGUACGAAUGGAUCCGUACUGUCGUAUACGUGUGGGUAAUGCGGUAUUCGAAACGCCAACGAAUACGAGUGGUGGAAAAGCACCAAAAUGGAAUCGUGUCAUCAACGCAUAUCUGCCACAUGGCGUCGAAUCGUUCUAUCUUCAGAUUUUUGACGAAAGGGCAUUUACUGUCGAUCAGUGCAUCGCCUGGGGGCUUAUUGUUCUUCCAAAUGGCAUUUUUAAUGGCGAAGUGAUUGAUGACUGGUACCAGCUUUCAGGGCAGCAGCAACCAAUGGUACUAUUCACGGAGGAAGAAGUGAAUGAACUGCAUGCAAUGUUCCCAACAGUGGAUACAGAUGUCAUUAAGUGUAUUCUGGAGGAAAAACGAGGCAACAAAGAUGCAACCGUUACAGCAAUACUCGAAAUGACCGCUGAACACUGA